GUUAGAACAUAGAGAAUGAUGAUGCGAAUAUCUAUGCUGAAACUCGACCAUGGCGAACUCAUCUCUCUCUCAAAGCGCAUCACAACCCUUCAAUCUCUCCUCCCAUUCCACGCCGUCACAGUCACCACCGGCAACUCCACCAAUCCCUUCAUUGCCGCCAAACUCAUCUCUCUCUACGACACUCUCAACCACCCAACUUCAUCUUCCACACUCUUCCAUUCCCUUCCUUUCAAAGACACUUUCCUAUGGAACUCUUUCCUCAAAACCCUCUUCUCUCGUUCCCUUUAUCCUCAGUUUCUCUCUUUUUACUCCCUCAUGCGCUCUGAAAAUGUUUUGCCGAACCAUUUCACUUUUCCUAUGGUUGCUUCUUCUUAUGCCCAUUUUAUGAUGAUUCGUUCUGGGAUGAACCUUCAUGCAUUGGCGUGUAAAGUUGGGUUUUUUCCUGAAAAUUCAGCUGUUGGGUCGUCUUUUGUGUCGUUGUAUUCUAGAUGUGAUGAAAUGAAUGAUGCAGUUAAGGUGUUUGAUGAAAUUCCUGUUAGAGAUGUUGUUGCUUGGACUGCACUUGUUAUUGGGUAUGUCCAGAAUGGGGAGAGUGAGAUGGGUUUGGAGUGUAUUAGUGAGAUGUAUCGGGUUGGUGAUGACAGUCAGAAGCCUAAUGCAAGAACAUUGGAAGGUGGGUUUCUUGCUUGUGGGAAUUUGGGUGAUUUGGUUAGUGGAAGGUGUUUGCAUGGUUUGGUUGUGAAAAAUGGGAUUGGAUGUUUGCUUGAUAUACAAUCUUCCGUUUUGUCUAUGUAUUGUAAAUGUGGGGUGCCCCGAGAAGCUUAUCAAUCCUUUUCUGAAGUGAUCAACAAAGAUCUUUUGUCUUGGACAUCGAUGAUUCGUGUUUAUGCUAGGUUUGGGAUGAUGAGUGAUUGUGUGAGAUUCUUUUGGGAAAUGUUGGAAAAUCAAGUGUGCCCGGAUGGAAUGGUUAUUGGUUGUAUUCUAUCAGGUUUUGGUAAUUCAGUGGAUGUAUAUGGAGGGAAAGCCUUUCAUGGAUUAAUCAUUAGGAGACAUUAUGCGCCUGAUGAGAUGGUUGAUAAUUCAUUGUUGUCUAUGUACUGCAAAUUUGGAAUGUUAAGUUUUGCUGAGAGGCUUUUCCAAAGGUCUCAAGGGAGCAUAGAGUACUGGAACUUUAUGAUUGUUGGAUAUGGUAGAAUAGGCAAGAACGUUAAAUGUAUUCAGCUCUUCAGGGAGAUGCAGUAUUUAGGUAUUCGUUCUGAAUCAGUCGGCAUAGUUUCCGCAAUUGCUUCGUGUGGCCAGUUAGGAGAAAUCAACUUGGGAAGGUCAAUUCAUUGCAAUGUGAUAAAAGGUUUUGUGGAUGAGACUAUAUCAGUAACUAAUUCACUCAUAGAGAUGUAUGGAAAAUGUGAUAAGAUGAAUGUUUCUUGGAGAAUAUUUAAUAGGUCGGAGAGGGAUGUUAUCUUGUGGAACGCUCUGAUUUCAGCACAUAUUCAUGUCAAGCAUUACGAAGAGGCUAUAAGUUUAUUUGAUAUAAUGAUUAUGGAAGACCAGAAUCCCAACACAGCCACAUUGGUGGUCGUGCUUUCAGCUUGUUCUCACCUUGCAUUUCUAGAGAAAGGAGAAAGACUUCACCGCUACAUAAACGAAAAAGGUUUCAAGCUUAAUUUACCUCUUGGAACAGCUUUGGUUGAUAUGUAUGCCAAGUGUGGGCAACUAGAAAAAUCAAGAGAGGUAUUUGAUUCAAUGAUGGAGAAGGAUGUAAUUUGCUGGAAUGCAAUGAUCUCGGGCUAUGGAAUGAACGGAUAUGCAGAAUCUGCGAUAGAGAUAUUCAAUCUUAUGGAAGAAUCAAAUGUUAAGCCAAAUGAAAUUACUUUCCUUUCUCUUCUCUCAGCGUGUGCCCAUGCAGGACUUGUUGAAGAAGGAAAAAAUGUGUUCGCUAAAAUGCAGAGUUAUUCUGUGAAACCCAAUUUAAAGCACUACACUUGUAUGGUAGAUCUUUUGGGAAGGUCGUGUAAUCUAGAAGAAGCAGAAGAAUUGGUCUUAUCCAUGCCCAUUCCUCCUGAUGGUGGCGUGUGGGGAGCACUGUUAAGUGCUUGUAAAACUCACAAUCAAAUUGAAAUGGGAAUAAGAAUUGGCAAGAAUGCUAUUGACUCUGAACCGGAAAAUGAUGGAUACUAUAUAAUGGUAGCCAAUAUGUAUAGCUCUAUUGGGAGAUGGGAUGAAGCAGAAAAUGUGAGAAGGACGAUGAAAGAUAGGUGUUCGAUGGGGAAAAAAGCUGGUUGGAGUAUGGUCUGAGCUAAAACUUCCUAACGGUCAAACCUUAUCUUUGGAAGGGACAUAGGAAACUCCUGGAAGUUUCCCGAGUGUCAAUAAGCUUGACUUAGUAAGUUUGGUCUUUCGUAAGCCAGUAAUUAGCUCAUUAUAUUGAACAUCUGGGCUAAGGAAGCUGACACGCUACAAGCAUGUAAACCUGUUUGCAUCAUAGCUUCCAUGGGCAUUAGAUGCCCCUGUGUUGGAUGCAUAUAUAAUUGAGUUAGUGACCAGAUGGCUUUAAAAAUCACUUGGGAUUUUGAACUUGAAAAAAGCUGGAGGGAUGAGGAUAUUAUCUUCGUCAAGAUUCUUUAUGCCUAGCUACAGCUGUAGAUUGAGUUUAUGCAUAUUAUGAGAAUUUUGCAGGUUCAUACUGUGCGUGCUCACUGUCACUGGUAUUAUUAUUGGGUUUGCUUCAUGAGCAAGUGGAACCGCAAAAUUUCUUAUUGUGGAUUAUCAUUUGUUAUCAUAGCUAGUUGUUGCUUCUUGGGGCACGCAUUUCAUACAAUCUACAACAUUGAAUUAAGAAUCAAGGAAGUAAGGAAAAACAUUUUUUAUUAAACCAACUACAGGUUGCAAUGGGAAGGAUGAUCGAUGUCUUCUUGAUAUUUUUGAGACAUGUAUUCUUGUACAUCAAAUACUACAACAUCAGACACUGAUACACCACAUAUUUGCUUGCAAACAUAUGGACAAAACACACUGAUAAAAAUAAACUACUUUUUUUAUUUGGAAAGGCUUCAAAUGCUGCUUAAAGCUUCUCUAGUGUUAGCAAUACACAUGAAGAAGAAUUGCUUUUAAUGGAGGAGACCUACACCUCACUGCAAAAACCAAAGAUUAAUCAUGAAUGGUUUAUCUUGUCAAAUAUAAACACAGGUAGUUUAUACAUUCAAGCUCAAGGUCUAUUAUGAGUUAAGAUGAUACCUUAACAGUUGGAAGGUGUUUGCAGACCACAUUGACCGGGCAAGGCCAAAGCUUUUUUGGCAUUGAUUCCAUAAUAAGUUAGGGCAGACUUGUAACCGCAGAGGCAAGGAAGAUUGGCACGGCGCAAAACACCACAG